CCCCCAAAUGGUACGCGCCAAUCUACAACACCCACAUCAAGGUCAUUUUAUGGAUAUCUACGGUAGAAGUCGACUGACAUUGUACCCCUUACAGUUCCUUCUCCGGGCUUACUCGUUGCUGCUGCCAUCCGUGAGUUCCACGAUAUCCGUAGCGAGUCUUCUGCGAUAUUUUGAAUUGCACAGCUCGUUCUACUCUCUGAGUUUCACGUACUGCAGGGUCUCCGCUGCACCUAUCAACGUCGCUCCUCCGAUCUGCCAAAAGGAAUCCAACUUGAACCCCCGGUUGGCGAUCAUACCCCUAGCCGCACAGGGGCCGUGCUGAACUUCAGAGCCCAAACUGCUCCAGCAAAGCCUUACGAAGCAAACGGUGGGAGUCAGAUAAACGGUGCAUGACACGACAACAACUACACCAGAAGAGCAACUGCACCGCUGUUUGCUC